AUGUUGUCCUCCUUGCCGGCUGAGACCGCUUUCCCACAGCACAAACGGCGGAGCAUCAAGGGCAUGAAGGUGCUGGGCACCCCCAACCUCGAGCCCCCCUCGUCUUGCUUGUCCUCGCUGACGUCUAAUCCGAGUGCGUUUUUCGGGCCGGCGUGGUCGCCAUCGUCAUCGCCAGCGUCGACAGUUCGAUCGCCCCUGCCCCUCGACGCCGACCAGCCGGGAAGCCCGGGAUCUUCGCGUGCAGAGUCCCUUCGAAAGGAGAAAGCGUUCUCCUCGGCGACUGGCAAGGCGACGCGGAGCUAUGUUCACGAGGAGGAGGGCAGGGCAACGACUCCACAAAAGCAUAGGACGCACGGCGGUGCCGUUAACGAUACACAAAAGCAUAGGACGCACGGCGGUGCCGUUAACGAUAGACGGAAAUUAUCGUUCGGGGGUUUGUCGAAGGGGUUACUCCGCCUCCUCGGCCAAAGGACUCUCAGCGAUGAUUCAUCGAAAACCGGUCCCAAGACCGGAAAACAGGAUGCGCCGAAAGCCAAGGUCGUGUUUCCUGGAGAUCGGUCCGAAGAAGAUAGAGAGUCCGACGAAGCCCCUUCGACGGAUUCCGUCACCGACGAACGACGCCAACCCCCCUUCGGCGGAGGAGACGAGGCCGAGGUCGCUCUUCCUGGAGAUCGGUCCGAAGAAUACAAAGAGUCCAGAGAAGCUCCUUCGAUGGAUUCCAUCACCGACGAAGAGUGCCAACUCCCUUCCGGCGGAGGAGACGCGCUUCCUGGAGAUUGGUCCGAACAAGACGAAGAGUCCAGCGAAGCUCCUUCGACGGAUUCUGUCACCGACGACGAACGAUUCCAACUCCCUUCCCGCGGAGGAGACGAGGUCCCUCACCAAGUGCGCUCGCCACUGGUAGUAGGACCGUCGAAGAGAGUUGCCGCCGAAGAAGCAGACGUGGAAAACUGCAGGCCCGCAACGAUAGAUCCAAGGGCGGUGGAGAUUGCCGCGCCCUCCACCGCCGAGCUGGCGAAGGCGGCGGUAAUGCCAGACACCCUGGUAAGGCAAGCGGCGGAACAAGGGUUGGUGUUGCCUUGCGGCCCCUCGGAUGAAGAAAAGGUUUUGUACCACAAGUCUGGACGUCUAACGAUGCUCUCAACGGGGUUCGUGAGUUUCUGCACUUUGUUGACCGGCAUGUCCUUGUUCACCAUGUCCUCGCCACAUUUCUACUGGUACGGCGCACCUACUAUUUUCGUGGUCGUCCACAUAUGCUGCCAUUAUUUCGGCGUGUCCAUCUGGGGGAGGGACUUCGAUCCAGAGAUUCACGCGUGCGUUGUUCGGCACGGCCUGGACGUGGCGUUCUCCCCGACGGUGGACGUGUUCCUGCCCGUGUGCAACGAGCCGGCGGUCCUGCUGGCCAACACCUGGAACCACGUGCUGGCGAUGGACUACCCCCACGUGACGGUUCACGUACUGGACGACGGCGCCAAGGACGAGGUCAAGGCUCUCGCGGGAGAGUAUGGGUUCCAAUACAUUCGGCGGGACAACCGCCCCGAGUUAAAGAAGGCGGGAAAUCUCCGCCACGCCUUCGCGCGGACGUCGGGCGAAGUUAUCGUCAUCUUCGACGCCGACUUCUGCCCAAGACCUGACUUCUUGCGAGAGACCCUUCCGUACCUGGUGGACCCCUCCAUCGGCAUCCUUCAAACGCCGCAGUUCUUUCGCCGCCGGGAGGAACAGACGUGGGUGGAGCAGGGUGCGGGGGCAAGCCAGGAACACUUUUAUCGCUUGAUCCAGGUUAAUCUGGACCGCUUCAAUGCUGCCGUCUGCGUGGGGUCCUGUGGAUUGUACCGCCGCACGGCGGUGGAGCCUUUCGGUGGCGUAGCGCCUAUCGAGCACUCGGAGGACAUGUACACCGGGUACAAGAUGACCGAACUUGGGUACAAGGUGAGGUACCUUCCGUUGUGCCUGGCGAUGGGGAUCUGUCCCGACGAGCCGCGUUCAUUCUUCAUGCAGCAGUACCGCUGGUGCAUGGGGACAUCGACGCUAGUACUCCAGAAAGAAUUCUGGCAAUCGGAGAUCUCCAAGAUCCACAAGCUGUGCUUCUUCAACGGCAUGCUCUUCUACCUCGCCACGGCCUUGUUCGUCUUCCUAGGACCCAUGCCAAUCUUGCUCCUGAUUUGGAUGAAGGCCGACGAAGUGCUGUGGUUUUACUACGGCUUCACGGUCCCGGCUCUCAUCUACUCUCUGGUAGUCGUCCCGACGUGGUCGAAGCAAGACUCAGUCUUCAAAGCACUGACUGCUCAACGCAUCAAGGUUCUCCAGAGCUACGCCCACCUGUUCGCGAUCAAGGACCGCAUCAUGGGAACGGUGGCGGCGUGGGUGCCAUCGGGCGGGGGCGCCUCGAAGUAA